AUGUUCAGGAAAACAAGCAUAUUCUAUAUCAUUUUUAAAUAUAUAUGUACUUUACCAGAAUGUAAUAAAGCUAUAGCUAAUUAUCUUUUUGUUGCAUAUCAAUGUUUAUCAACAUUAACAAUUAUUCCAACUGUUUAUAAUCUAUGUGCCAGUCAAACUCUUGACUUAUUUACAGUAAGUGGUAUAUUACAAAGUGCAUCAUAUUCAUCUUAUACACAAACACAAUGUAUAAAUGUAACAUUAAGUCUACCAGAAGACUCUGAUUUUUUUAACACGUAA